AUGGCCCCUCCCCACUUUACCUUUUCCUCGGCUUUCAUGCUAGGUCUGAUAGGUCUAGCAUUCAACCGAACCCACCUUCUUUCCGCCCUCCUCUGCUUAGAAUGCAUAAUAUUAGCCUUAUUCCUGGCAAUCUCCCUAUGAACUCUACAGCUCACUUCCACUAACUUUACAGCUGCCCCAAUGUUCCUUUUAGCCUUCUCAGCCUGCGAAGCAGCCGCAGGACUCGCCCUUAUAGUCGCCUCUGCUCGGACCCAUGGAACCGACCGACUUCAAAACCUUAACUUACUACAAUGCUAA